GAGGGGCGGUGCGGGGAGGAACAUGGCGUCGGUUUCGCCUGUGACAGGUUGUUGAUUUCGGAAGGAAAGUGACAGGAGCAGCGAGAAGGCGAAGGCUUUCCCGGGCGGGGAGCGACGUAUUGCUUUUACCAGUAUGGAGAACAUGGAGACGCUGACGGAACUCGGGGAUGAGCUCACCCUGGGAGACAUUGACGAUUGCAGAUAAGAAGCUUUUUGAGGUGAAGAGGAAGGAUCAGAUCAAUGCCCUCAACAACCUAAUUGAACUAAAUGAUGUCAACCAGCAGUACAAGAUUAUUGACAUAAUGCUAAAGGGGCUUUUCAAGGUGCUGGAGGACUCCCGAGCUGUUCUCAUUGCAGCAGGAAUACAGCCUGAUGGUCCAUUCCCCAUAGAUGAGAAGAUUAAAGAUGCCUAUUCACACACUGUGGAAAAUUCCGCCUUCUUUGGUGAUGUCGUCCUACGUUUUCCCAAGAUCGUUCACCAUUACUUUGAUCGAAAUUCCAAUUGGAACAACCUGAUUCGGUGGGGUAUUGGCUUCUGUAAUCUGAGUGGCAUCUUUGAUGACGGUCCUCACUCCCAGCUUCUUGGCCUGAUGUCUCAGGAGUUGGGCAUUAGUGAAAAGUCCCCCGAUUAUCGAAAUCCCUUUAGGAGUGAAAAUAUGGAGUUUUUACCCAAUACAGAUGCCUUUCAGAAAGCGAUAAAAGAAGAGGAGAAACGAAGACGUAAGGAAGAGAAGCGGAAAGAAAUCCGGAAAGGCCCUCGAAUAACGCGCUCUCGGUCAGAAUUAUAACGGUGGGCCGAGGGUAACGUUGUGUGCGUAUAGUGGAGAAAGCCUUACUGAACAAUACACGUGCCAACAUCAUUCCGGUCUGAACCAAGAUGUAACAAAAACUGUUCUAAUGCUGGAUACAGAAACACAAGUAGAAGAUUGAACCAUUGGGUCUAUGGCUCUGAGCUCUUAAUUCUUUUUGUAAAAUAUCAGAAAAUGUG